AAGAAGGUGUUUUCCUUGGACAAAGACUGCAUUAUGAACUUUGUGGGGUAUGUGUCACAUGAUUUUGAGGAAGAGAUUCAGUUCGAACAAUUGGUUACUAACAUACCUGUAUUUGCGUCCGUUUGCCGUUAUUUCGUGAAGCUUGCCGACUAUCAGCACACGUUCGGCUGCCUGGGAUAAGCUGGCGUUGCUGUGUGCAGCGUCAACAAGUGCACAGACACCAAUUGAAACAGCAAUUCCUGAUUCUCUGCAGCUGCUGCUCUCGAAAUUGAAGUACUACAAGAAGAACAGCAGUGGCAAUUCCUCGGACAUCAUAUCGAACUCAGAAAUUCAGGUGUUGUUUGCACUUUGCAACAACUGCUCGAAGUUCAAAAACCAGUACCAAGCAGAUGUGCUUUUCACUGUGCUAUGCAAGUACUUGGUGAGCUCCCCAAGGCAGAAGUUCAGAUCCAUGUCAUGCUUCCUUAACGACGACUUGACUCCUUGGACGAAAUUAUCGUAUGAACUUACGUUGGCAUUGAUCAACUUGACAAUAUCAUUUCCGAAAUUCAGAGACACCUUUUACAACGUUCUGGGGGACUACAUCGGGGGAGUAGACUCAACGAUAGUUUACCAUCAGUUUUCUCUGCUAGGUGUCAUGCAGGCCUUGACUGUAAAACCAGAGAUUAUCAAUAAGAACAUCUUCAACUUGGUCAUGUCGGUUUUCACAACAAGCUUUUUUGACACAGUAGAAGUUACCAUAGCCAACAUCACAAGCCCGCUUGAUAUUGAUUUGAUUUAUUCAUUCAAUGAUCUUGGCCUCGAGUACUCUUCUUUAUUUUUCAUUGACUUGGUCGAGCGUUUCCAGGUCGAGUACCUGAAAGUGUUGGUUCACUCGGAAGGCCAUCUGUCCCUAAUGGAUUAUCUGCUGAAUGCUCAAUCUAUAUCUUAUUCUGUUGCGCAGGAUAAUACUGAUACUUUGAACUUCAUUUUGCAGUUUCAAUAUAAGGUUGAGGAUUUUAUCUCAAAUUCAAACGAAAGGAUUACAAAUUCAACUUUGUAUCGCCGUAAGACUUGUUUGACCACAUAUGCUUUUGCCUUGGAAAUCUACAGUUUGAACGUCAAGCUCUCUAAUAUUGAUCUCAAGUUUUUGAACCUGAAGAUCUCCUCAUACCUAUCCGACUUUAUGGUUUCGAUCGAGGAGGGCUCUCCGGUUGCUUUGGAUAUGAUCACAUCAAACUUAUUACUAAAUACUUUUGGUGCUGGCGCAAUUUUGUCCGAAGAAAACCAGGCAACGGGUCUGACUAUUGUCAAACACUUCCCUGUAAUUGUUCAAACGAUUGUUAUGCCAAAAGACUUUGUCAAGAAACUUGCCACGACUGUCAAGUACUGUAUGAAAAGCUUGUCAAAGGAUGACGCUAUUUCAUUAAUUUACACAUUGAUUAAUAUGCUUGGCGACGGCAACCACAAUAACGGUAAUAACAACAUUAACUCCAAUAUUUCGACAAAUGCUUCCUCAGUUGUAGAUGCUUUUAUGGUUGAACGAAAUGAUUUGAUUCCACAAAAUAUUGUAACUUCGGUUGUAGAAAUUACCAAAGCAGCGAAUGAUGAAUCAAUUAUUACCUUGGUAACUACUUUACUAUACCAAAAAAUUAGUCCUAAAUCUGAUGAGCUCAAUUGUAUUUUGCUGGAUGGUUUGACAGAAUUUAUUGAUAACAUGAGCAAAAAAGAUUUUGCCUCAUUGUUGAAAUAUUACUAUGAUGUUUCUGAGUCCACGUUGAAGGACAGUUCAAGCUACAAGCUGAAUAUUACAACUUGGACAAAGUUCUCAGAAGCAAUGGCAAAGUCGUCCAAUGAUGAACUCUAUAACCUAUAUUUGAAUGGUUUGUUGUUUCAGAUCAUCUCCAAAGGUGAUAUUGAUGAUCUAGAACAUCACAGACCUAACGAAUCAGUCACCGAAUCGGCUAGGGAAAUUACUCUUUUCUUGAAACCUCUUGCACAUUUAUUACCAUCCAUUGAUGAAAAGCCAAGAAUCCCAACUGACAAAGAGACCAUUGGUAGAUUUCAAAAUGCCUGGUUCAAUUUGGCGGUUCACGGAUUUGCUUAUAACUCUCCGUUAUAUGUGAACUGUCUACCCGAAUUACUUAGAAUUGCACAUAAUACUCCUCCACUAGCCUCUGAAUUCACUUGGAAUAGAAGUGAAACAUCGAUCGAGAUGAACACUAUUUUGAGAAGAGGUACUUCCAAAACAUCAGAAAGAAUUCACAAAGAUGUGUUGAAAAAUUUAGUUUCUCUCAAAGGCAUAGACGAUAGAAAUGUUGAUUCACAGGUCUCAAGGCCUGGCCUGAUGUUUUUGUCAUCAUCGCUAAUGGUGGAGAUGUUAAGAGUUCAGACAGGCGAUUGUUCCAAAAUCUUAGAUUACAUGUCAGAUCCUUCGGUAAUAAUUGCCCAUCUACAUCACAAUAUUGCGAUUAUCGCUUACUAUUGCUGUUCUCAAUACACUGAAAGAUUGUUGAAGAACACAUCCUCUCUUACUAUGCCAAAACUCACAAACCGGUUGAAAAGCAUAUUUAUCGCUUGCUGCCACAGAAACUAUGAACUACAGAAUUGUGCAUUUAAAUGCGCAGAUAUCAUUUUAGGUAAAAUCCCAUCGUCUUUGUGUUAUGAUGAAAGUACGUUUGCCUUGCUGGACAUUUUAGGUUUAUUGUUUCAAAGUAUUAUCGAUGCGGAUACCAAUGAGUACGAGCCUAUGACUCAAUUUAAGUCUAGAGUGACAGAUAUUGAUUUACUCUUGUCCGACUCUUAUGCCUGGAGACAGCAAACUCUUGACGUGUUCACUAAUAGGGCAACUAGAUGGAUUGGAGCUGCUCUGAAGUCUUGUGACGGUGACAUGAAAACUGUCCUUCGCUCUUACGUCAACAAGGCUGAUGCUUCUCAUAGAACAAUAAAUUUUGGUAUUUCAUUUGCAUUGGAUAUGGCAAGUAAAAUUUUACCAAAUGAUAGGGAGUUCUAUCAGUUACAAGGCAUUCAAUCAAAAAAACUAAACACUACUGCUGGCUUCCUGUCACACACUCAGUGGCAUUCUGGCCUCAAAUUUUUGGAAAAUGGGUUUAGAGAUCUAGAUGCUGUAAUUCAGUACCUCGAUAAAAGAAUCGAAACAUUCAUAUUGCAAAUGAACACAAAAUCGUUGACUAAGAGUGACAUUCAUCGUGAGUUUACUGAGCUAAUGGAUGAAAUCAGUAGAACAAUCAUUUACGUUCCUGUAAAAAAGUUGAACUACGUCAAAUGGGUUGUAGACAUUCCAUUUCUAGUUUUUGAUUCUCACUCAAUUGAGCACAGUAUUCCAAUUUGGCUCAAUAUUAUGAAAGAAAAAUCAGAACUUGCAGAUCAUGUUCUGUCAUUUAUAUUGCAAAACUUUGAAGUUACUGUUGUCAAAGGGAUGGGUUUGUAUUCAAGAAAACAGGACCUUCAUAACCCACAGUUUAAUCCUAUGGAAUAUCUACCAACCAAUAAGGUAAUUGUUGAACAUAAUUCUAAAACUGCAUCUGCUUUGUUAAAGCCUCAUUUAUUGUUGAUAAGAUUUUUGUCUUCUCACUUUCAUGCCACAAUGUAUCAAAGUGACCAUGUCCUGGAUAUGUUCACAGAGUCGCUAUUGACAGCUAUCGAUGGCUUAAAAUCAGCAAGUUUACAUCCAUAUGCUCGUAUGGCUCGUUUUGAGCUCAUCUACCUGGGUUGUGAACUACUGAAAUAUCACAAGUCAUUCACCUCUCCAUUAAAACACAAGGUUAUUAACACAGUACUGGUUGGUGCAUUAUCGUGGUUCACCAAAGAUGUCACUACUCCGUUUGGAAACAACAAGUUGAAAAUUAAAGCAGAUUUUGAAAUUUUGAAUUUGGUGGGAAAUUUUUUCAAUAGCAUUUCGUUCAAGGAGAUUUUCCAUGAGCAGAAAAGAGCCGUUUUAUUACUCUUUUUGGACGAUGAAAUAAGCAUUUUGAACUCCUGGAUUAAUCCGUUGGGUGGAGCAGCUGCCACAUAUAAAUCAUACGCCAACUAUAAAUUUGACGACAAAGUUUUACGUGACUGUUAUCUCAUAAGUGGUAAGCUUGCCAUCAAUCUAGUUACGAGAUAUGAAAAAAAUGGAACUCUAGCUUCUUCCAUGAUAAAAAAUUUACGUUCUUAUAUCAUAAACAACCCAUUCUCUGUGACCGAUAUUCCUGCUGCAGUCGAGUAUGUUGUUGACUCUGAUGUUCCGGCAAUUGUCGCCUGGUCGUCUGCUGCUCCUAUUGAUGCUAUUAACAAAUUCUUGCCGCCAUACAACAGAAACUCGUUAGUAUUACAGUAUGCUAUGCGUUCGAUUGAAAGUUUUGAUGUGCAUUUGACAUUUUUUUAUGUUCCUCAGAUUGUCCAAACUAUGAGACAUGAUGAUUUAGGAUACAUUCGCAGAUUCAUUUUGGAAACUGCAAACGUUUCGCAAUUGUUUGCUCAUCAAAUUAUAUGGAAUAUGGCAGCAAACUCAUUUAAAGAUGAAGAUUCCACCAUUCCUGAUUCCAUAAAGCCCACUCUAGAUGAGAUCAGGGAGACUAUGAUUAAGACGUUUUCAGAUUCUGAUAGAAGCUACUUUGAAAAAGAGUUCUCUUUCUUUGGUGAGGUGACAGGAAUCUCGGGAAAAUUGAAGCCGUUUAUCAAAAAAUCAAAACCCGAAAAAAAAGAAAAAAUUGAUGAGGAAAUGUCCAAGAUUAAAGUUGAAGAAGGUGUCUAUUUGCCUAGUAAUCCUGAUGGAACUGUUACUGAUAUUGAUAGAAAAUCAGGAAAACCUCUACAAUCUCAUGCAAAGGCUCCAUUCAUGGCCACAUUUUUUAUCAAAAAGAAGAAAGAUCGCAUUGUUAAAGAUGAAGUGGUUGAUAGUGAUGGCAACAACUUUGAAAUUGUGAAGACAAGUGCUAUCUUUAAAGUUGGUGAUGAUUGCAGACAGGACGUCCUAGCUCUUCAAUUGAUAUCUAUGUUCAGAACAAUCUGGAUGACUCAAGGUGUUGAUGUAUACGUUUUUCCAUACAGGGUUACAGCAACUGCCCCAGGCUGUGGUAUUAUUGACGUUUUGCCUCAUUCCAUUUCAAGAGAUAUGUUGGGUCGUGAAGCAGUCAACGGGUUGUAUGAAUACUUUAUCUCACAGUUUGGACCAGAAACGUCUCCUGAAUUUCAGCGUGCUAGAAUUAACUUUGUUAAAUCGUUGGCUGCAUACUCCAUUAUUACAUAUCUACUGGCUAUCAAAGAUAGACAUAAUGGUAAUAUUAUGUAUGAUAAUGAAGGUCAUAUUCUGCAUAUCGAUUUCGGAUUUUGCUUUGACAUCGUCCCCGGAGGUGUUAAGUUCGAGCAAUCCCCAUUCAAACUGACCAGAGAAAUGGUUAGAGUAAUGGGAGGUAGCGUGAAUACUCAGGCCUACAAGUGGUUUGAAGAAUUGUGCGUCAAAUGCUUCCUUGCAUGCAGACUACACAUGGACUCUUUGAUUAACAUGGUUGUGCCAAUGUUAGAAAGUGGAUUACCAUGUUUUAAAGCUGCAACAAUUAAACAUCUAACACAACGGUUUGCUCCAAAUAAGAACGACAGAGAAGCUUCAAUUUAUAUGAGAGGUUUGAUCAAAAAAUCAUUUGAAAGCUUUGCAACUAAGGGGUAUGAUGAAUUCCAAAGAUUAACCAAUGGUAUACCUUACUAAUGAUUUCUCCUUCGAAGAGGCUGCUUCUUAUUGAAGCAUAUAAAUUUGUACAUAAAUGCGUAGUUAAAUAAAUGAACGUUAGAAGUAAAUGAAAUAAAGUAAAUUGGAGAACAGAAAGUUAAGCCGUCAAGGAAAACCUUGAAAAGUUGAGCAUACGCUGAGUAUCGGCUAAAAUACUAUACGAAAGAAAUGAAAGAAGAAAGCAGAAAGAAGUAAGUAGAAUGGUAUUAUGCGAA